CGAACUCGUACAAAUUUCACGGCGGAGCACAUGCUUUGAUUAUUUUUUUUUCCCCUUCUCCCUAUAGCCAGAAUCGGGAAGCGCGGGGAGAAAUGGGAAGCCACAUGACUACGAGAUAAAGCUUAUUUUGGAAGGUUACUUAGCCCAACAUGUGGCGGCCACUCGUGAACGGUUCUUGAUUUCCACAGUCCUUAUGGUCUGCUGUUGAUUGAAGAGAGUGACUCGAUACUGAUCUCUUCUUUGUUUACUCGCACUGAUCGCUGAUCAUUGUUCCGCGAUCAAGGCAAUGGCGCCUUCUCUUUGUUGCUCGAGAGUGGAGAAUGUCUUCUCCUCCGGCAUAUUCAAGCUUAAGAAGCAGCAAUCCUGUGUUGCUGCUGCUAAUGCCCGGAAUGGCAGCAUCGCGUUGCUUUCUUCUUCUUCUCCGUCUUCCAGAAUCUCUCUUUCUGGAGCUUCAUUUUACCAUUCCACCUCGCGGCCUCGUUCGUUGUCUGUGAGAGCGGCGUCUCCGUCUUCUCCAGCCGCCGUCGCGGAACCGGAAGGAAUCAAGAUUAAUUCGGUGCCGACGAAGCCGAUUGAAGGUCAAAAGACGGGGACUAGCGGUCUUCGUAAGAAGGUGAAAGUGUUCAAGGAAGAGAAUUACCUAGCCAAUUGGAUUCAGGCAUUGUUCAAUUCAUUGCCGCCGGAGGAUUACAAGAAUGGAUUACUGGUACUAGGAGGGGAUGGUCGUUACUUCAACAUAGAAGCUGCACAGACAAUCAUCAAAAUUGCUGCUGGAAAUGGCGUGGGCAAGAUCCUGGUUGGCAAGGAUGGUAUCCUCUCUACACCAGCUGUCUCUGCUGUUAUCAGGAAAAGGGAGGCAAAUGGUGGAUUUAUAAUGAGUGCAAGCCAUAAUCCUGGGGGCCCUGACUAUGACUGGGGCAUCAAGUUUAACUACAGCAGUGGGCAGCCUGCCCCGGAGUCAAUCACAGACAAGAUCUAUGGGAAUACUCUUUCUAUCUCUGAUAUUAAGACAGCUGAGAUUCCUGAUACUGACCUGUCGCAUGUUGGAAUUACCAAAUAUGGGAGCUUCUCUGUUGAAGUAGUAGAUCCAGUUUCUGACUACUUGGAGCUAAUGGAGAAUGUAUUUGAUUUUCAACUCAUCAAGAGUCUUGUUUCAAGUCCUGAAUUCAGGUACAUGCACAGAAAUCAACUGAGUUUUAACCUUGAGUCGGUCUUCCAUUCAUAUGGUCAAUCUAAUUAUGUUCACACUGAUGAAUUCUUCUUGAAUGCAUCACUUAAACUUUGGUUCACAUUUGAUGCAAUGCAUGCUGUUACUGGUGCUUAUGCGAAACCGAUUUUCGUGGAUAAGCUAGGAGCUAGUAUGGAUUCAAUCAUGAAUGGAGUUCCUCUUGAAGAUUUUGGACAUGGUCAUCCAGAUCCUAAUCUUACAUAUGCCAAGGAGUUGGUUGACAUCAUGUAUGCUGAAAAUGGACCUGACUUCGGAGCUGCUAGUGAUGGGGACGGUGAUCGGAACAUGAUCCUUGGCAAAGGGUUUUUCGUUACUCCUUCAGAUUCAGUUGCUAUAAUUGCAGCUAACGCUCAAGAAGCCAUCCCUUACUUCAAGAGUGGCCCUAAGGGUUUAGCUCGGUCAAUGCCUACUAGUGGUGCUCUUGACCGUGUGGCUGAUAAGUUAAAUCUUCCAUUUUUUGAGGUACCCACUGGUUGGAAAUUUUUUGGCAACCUCAUGGAUGCGGGAAAACUAUCCGUCUGCGGAGAAGAAAGCUUCGGAACUGGUUCAGAUCACAUUCGUGAGAAAGAUGGAAUUUGGGCGGUUUUGGCUUGGCUUUCAAUUAUUGCCCACAGAAACAAAGACAAGAAACCGGGGGAGAAGCUUACCUCAGUUGCCGAUGUUGUCAAAGAGCACUGGGCUACAUAUGGCAGAAACUUCUUCUCCAGAUACGAUUAUGAGGAAUGUGAAUCUGAAGGCGCCAACAAAAUGGUUGAAUAUCUAAGAGAUGUGAUCUCCAAGAGCAAACCGGGUGACCAAUAUGGAAGCUACGUCCUGAAGUUUGCAGACGACUUCUCGUACACCGAUCCAGUUGAUGGAAGCGUGGCGUCGAAGCAAGGCGUCCGGUUCGUCUUCAGCGACGGAUCACGCAUCAUCUUCCGUUUAUCAGGAACAGGAUCGGCAGGCGCGACUGUAAGAGUCUACAUCGAGCAGUUCGAACCGGACGUCUCCAAACACGACGUGGAUGCACAGACAGCUCUAAAGCCACUAAUAGAUUUGGCACUCUCCGUGUCGAAGCUGAAGGAGUUCACCGGUAGAGAAAAGCCCACCGUCAUCACAUAA